AUGGUUCUCAUGGGGAAGAAAAAGAAGGUCCUGCUCUUGCUCAAUGUGCUCGCGCUGGUGGGAAUCUUCAUGUUAUUCAUCGACAGAAACGGGGCCCGAUUCGGGGAUCUGUUCGCCAUUUGGGACGCUACGGUUGUGGAUUAUCCUCGGGCAGAGAUGGAGAGCCCGGAGACGGAACUCGAGAUAGAGCCCGAGAUAAAGCAAGAGUCAGAACCGGAAGCAGAGAUGCCGGAGAAGACCAACGGCAACGUGGAGGACAUUCUGAGGGAGAGGCUUAAUUACUUGGAGGAGAUCGUGUACGGACACCUGAAUGGUCUUUCUAAACCUCUGGGCCUGGUUGAGGGCUUCGGGGCUAAAGGCGCGGACGGCGUUCCCUUCACGCUCUCCGUAGAAGAGGCGACUAAAGCUGGACCUCUGAAGCAAAAGUAUGGUUACGAUGCUUUCAUGAGCGACAAGAUCUCACUGGACAGAAACAUCCCAGACUACAGACCCAGCAAAUGCAAGGAGUACACCUACCCGGCGGAUCUCCCCCAGAUCGCCCUGAUCUUCAUCUUCGUCAACGAGGCGCUGUCCGUCAUCCUGCGCUCCAUCCACUCGGCCGUCAAUCACACGCCGGCGCACCUGCUCAAGGAAAUCAUCCUGGUGGACGACCACAGCGACCAGGAGCAACUGAAAGGACCUCUGGAGGACUACGUGAAUAAGCGCUACCCCGGUCUGGUGAAGAUCAUCAGGAACUCCAAGAGGGAGGGUCUGAUCCGGGCCAGGAUCGAAGGCUGGAAGGCGGCCACCGCCGAGGUGACGGGAUUCUUCGACGCCCACGUGGAGUUCACGCCCUUCUGGGCCGAGCCGGUUCUGAGCCGGAUCAAGGAGGACCGCACCAGGAUCAUCCUGCCGUCCAUCGACAACAUCAAGUACGACACCUUCGAGGUGGUCUCCUACGGGCAGCCGGCCCACGGCUACGACUGGCAGCUGUGGUGUAAAUACAUCAGCCCCAACGCUGCGUGGAAAGCCCUGAACGACGAAUCUCUCCCCAUCAGGAGUCCCGCCAUGAUAGGCUGCUCCUUCGUGGUCCACCGGCUCUACUUUGGCGAGCUGGGCCUGUUCGACCCGGAAAUGGAAGUCUACGGGGGAGAGAAUGUGGAACUGGGAAUCAGGGUGUGGUCGUGCGGGGGCAGCAUGGAAAUGCUGCCGUGCUCCCGCGUGGCUCACAUCCAGCGCUUCAAGAAACCUUACCUGGAGGACUCCUUGGCCACCCUCAUGCGGCGCAACGGCCUUCGCGUGGCCGAGGUCUGGUUCGACGAAUACAAGCCCAACUUCUACAUGGCCUGGAACAUCCCCAUGAAGAACCACAGCAUCGACUACGGGAACGUCACUGAGAGGGUGGAGCUCAGAAAGCGACUGCAGUGUAAGAACUUCAAGUGGUACUUGGAGAACGUUUACCCUGAAAUGAGGACGCACCAAGACACACUCAUCUAUGGCGUGAUGUACAACUUCAACCUCAAGAAAAUGUGUUUGGACCAGGGAGAGAGGAUCUACCACACCCCCAUCCUAUUCCACUGCCACGGCUUGAAUCCUCAGUUGGUGCGCUACACCUCAAGCAAACAGCUGUUCGUGGGCACGUUGGGCAGUAGCUCCCAGGAGACCCGCUGCUUGGUGGACAUCCCGUCCGAGACACGACCGCAGCUCCUCGACUGCAACACCGUAAGCAACAUCCGGCAGACCAAGUGGAAAUUCAUUCAGGGCGACGCGGUCCAAAACAUAGCCACGGGGCGCUGCAUGGAGGUGGUGAAGUCGGAACCCAAUAAAGACAACAAGCUGGUCAUGCGGCGCUGCUCGGGCCAGAGGUGGAACUUGACCAUUCCCGCUCUACGUUCCUGA